AUGCCUCAAAUUGUUUUCAUUGAAUUACGUGAGAAACAGACAAUCCCGCUCAAAGUGUUCAUUAAUCGUCAACAAGUUACCAAUGAAGCAAAGAAAACAGUAGCAGUGAAUCAAAAUAAAACCAUACAUUCUGAAAUGGAUAUACUAAACUCCAUUCAAAUAGCCUCUAAGGCUCACCCUCAGAGUAUCUAUUCGGGUAAGUACACCCAGGAGGUCAAUACAGACCCGUUGGGGUGUACCAUAGCCAUUAUGCCUGAACUAAUAGUAAGUUUCAGACAAUCAUUUGGAAUCUUUAGUGGUUUUGAAGAAGAGAUGGCCCAAACAAGAAAAGUAAAGGGAGUUAAAUCUAGUCGAAUGGCUGUAUUGAGGGAAACUAUGGAAUUCAAUGACUCACUGCUUCAACAGAUAUUAACGGAAGAGCCAGAUCCAAACGACAUCAAUUGGAAUGAACCUUUCAAUGGUGGUGAUGAUAAAAAGAAUUUGGUUCAUAAAUGGAAUAGAACUUCAACUAUUGGUAAUUACAAUUAUUGCGUUCAUGUAUAUUUGAAUCGAUAUCAUUAA